CCCUCUCUCCUUCCCUCCCUCCCUCUCUCUCUGUCUCUGUCAGCCCCUGCCUCUUCCUCUGGUGACUGCACACACCUGCCUGUCUUGGCCACGCACGUUUUUGAGUGCCAUUACCCCAGAGCCUUCAGAGCAGCAGAGCAAUCCUCGCCCCCCACUGGACUUUGGGAGUCACACUCACCCAUCUCUAAGCAGCACAGGUGCUUCCAGCCCCCUCCCUCCCCCCCGGCAGCAGUAUGAAAUCGGCCUGUCUCUUCCUGCUCCUGGCGUCGGCCUGCUGGGCCCUGCCCUUCCACCAGUCCGGCUUUCUGGAUUUCAUGAUGGAGGAUGAUGCCGGCUCCGGCCUGCCCACGGUACCGGUGGAGGAGGAGGUGACAGCUAAGCCACCCAAGGUGGUGCCACCCAGGGUAGUGCCGCCCAGGGAAGAGCAGCCGGAGUUCCCCUGGGCCCCGGAGCCACCCCCGUGCCCCUUCCGGUGCCAGUGUCACCUGCGGGUCACGCAGUGCUCGGAUUUAGGCUUGACAAAAGUCCCAGACAAGCUCUCCCCAGAUACGACACUGCUGGACCUGCAGAACAACAAGAUCACUGAGAUCCGGGAGAACGACUUUAAGAUGCUGAAAGGCCUGCACGCCCUCAUUCUGGUCAACAACAAGAUCACGGUCAUCCACGCCAAGGCCUUCCUGCCCUUGGGAAAGCUCCAGAGGCUCUACCUCUCCAAGAACCUCCUGAAGGAAAUCCCGUCCAACAUGCCCAAGAGCCUGCAGGAGCUCCGUAUCCACGAGAACGAGAUCGCCAAGAUCAAGAAGGCCACCUUCCAGGGCAUGGCCCAUGUCAUCGUCAUGGAGCUGGGCUCCAACCCACUCAAGAGUUCUGGGAUUGAUGCUGGGGCCUUUGCAGACCUGAAACGGGUCUCCUACAUCCGGAUCGCAGACACCAACCUCACGGAGAUCCCCAAAGGGCUCCCCAGCUCCCUGUCCGAGCUUCAUCUGGAUGGCAACAAGAUCACCAAGAUCCAGGCAGAGAGACUGAAGGGCCUGAAAAACCUGGCUAAGCUGGGUCUGAGUGAAAAUUCCAUCAGCGUUGUGGAGAACGGCUCUCUGGCCAAUGUGCCUCAUCUGCGGGAGCUGCACAUGGACAGCAACGCCCUCACCAGUGUGCCCCCGGGCCUGCCUGACCACAAGUACAUCCAGGUGGUUUAUCUCCAUAACAACAAGAUUGCGGCAGUCGGCACCGAGGACUUUUGCCCUCCCGGCUUCAACACCAAGAAGGCCAUGUACUCAGGGAUCAGCCUGUUCGGCAACCCUGUCCCCUACUGGGAGGUCCAGCCCACCACCUUCCGCUGCGUCUUCGACCGCUCCGCCAUCCAACUCGGAAACUACCGGAAGAAGUAGACCUUCCCCCCACCACACCACGCCUCCACCUCCCCAACCCCCCACCCCCCUCCACAACCUCCAGACCAAAACACAACAUCAAACCAUGACUCCGUGCUCCCCCUCUUCCAGAGAGUGUAUGUUGCAUACACUUCUCACCAAUGACACACCAGAAAGCCAGUUUACAGUCUACGCACCUCAUAAUACAAACAUACUACACUCCUUACAGCAAUAACCGAAUCAAUCAUCAAAUCAAAAACCAGCACCAGAAUGGCAUUGCACACUUUCCUUCCACACACACAAAUUUUUUCAGCUAUGGAGUAAAGUUAUGGAAAGAUGGUUGUGAAUACGUCAAGGCGAAUACAAAUAAAAUAAAACUAUGACCACUUAAAAAUGAUGAAGAACACACUUAACCUUUAACCCUCACAUGCCAGCUAAACGAUUUAGCCAUAACAAUUCCCGAGGACCCACGCCAGCAUGUUGAUAGCCUGCACAUGAUUGGACCAGCCUACCUGUAGAACAGGCAGCGAAAAGGUAAAAACGCAGUCUUUAAAAAAAGCCAUCAGGAAGAGCAGGCGUAAUAGAAUGUACUAGAAUAUUUGUGUGUAGAGCUAGCAUUCAGAGUGCGCCAUUGUGAUAUGGAGAACACCCUGAUGUCUACCGUUGUCAUAUCGUAGUCAAGUGAAGUAGAAGAAAAUGAGUAUUUUUAUGCUGUCACACUUCCGUAUCUUCUGCUUUGCAUACGCUUACACUUUUUCAGAUGUUCCUUAAAAAGACUCUGCGAAUCUGAAUCACCACUGCAUUGUAAUGUCCUGCAGGAAAUAAGGGCAGGGUCAACACAGUUCUCAACGAUGUAGAAUAAACAGUAUAUACUUUUUCAUGGAAGAGCUGUCGUUUACAUCUGUUGGCAUGCUUCCUUCCCUGUACCGUCAGCUGAUGGUGGCCCAUGGAUUGCAGUGUUCCUGUGUAUUUUCUGUAUGUUUGGUUUCCUUAAGUCUGAAAAAGGAGGAUGAGGCUAGAGGGUGGACAGCCGUGGCCGCCACGCUCAUGCCGCUUUGAAUGUCUGAUGUAUAAACGCUUGUACAUAAACGCUGUAUAAAACCCUGCAUUGCUUUCAAGCACCAGAACUUACCAUAAAACAGGCUGAGUAUAACAGUGAUAAACAUGAAGCUUUCCAUCAGUGGCUCCGCCCACACUGUCCUGAAACUAAUAAAAGUCAAAUAAAGACAAAUCAAACAAAACUAAAAACUUCUGAGUUUUCACAAAUGGGUCGACUGUCCACAGCAAGUCACAGAUAUGUUCAUCCAUUGAAUGGGGUUGAGAUUAAAUGCACUUCCACUAGAGGGUGCUGCAGUAUCUCCCACAGAGGAAACCUGAACCACAUUAGAUUGAUCACAGGGAUGGCCUGAGGUCAGAGGUCAAGGCAAGCACAUGCCUUCUGACAGAUAAUUUUUCCCAGCCAUUGGUGUA